AUGUCGAGUACCCAAUCUGAAGAGCGCCUGACGACAGAUAACUUGGAAUCCCUGAAAGAGGGUGAAGUAUUCGUUGACAGUGAAACAGGCAAGAAGUACCGAGUGAAGAAAACAAUCCUUCCACACUACGCUUCUUCUGGGCCUUAUGGAUUGGGAGACCCUGAUGAUCGAACGUUACGGCGUAUUGAGGCCGAUGUCAUCAUACCCAACCGAAUGAAUGCACAGAUUGAGAAGGUUGAGUGUAAUGAGUCCUACUUAGAUCUCGUCAGAUGUAUGAGAGAGAAAGGUGGUGUAAAAGGUUUAAGACAGUGCAAACCUGAACUGUCUGUCUUCAAUCGCUGUAAAUACCUUAAAUUUAAUGACACCGAUUUUCGAGAGCGAAUGACAGAGGAAUAUCUACAAGAACGAUCAGAAGCUCGUCGAACAGGAAAAACGACGCGAGAGCGAAAACUGGAACAGUACCGUGAAUGGAAGAAAGAGCACGAGACUAGUUGA